CUGGCGCUGAUAAUACACUUCCUGAGGACAGGAGAAGCUACACAGUUCCCAAAGAGACUGGACGAAAUAGAUAAAAAUAACAUAGAAAUCAUAUUCGCACUUAAGACACUGGUGAGGAAGUUCUUGUCGAGAGAUAACGGACUAGUGUACAAGAUGGUACAAAUAUUCGGACUCCUGGCAAGUAACGGACAAGUAGGAAAGACAAUAGUUAGAAUAGUGAUCAAUGAUAUCACAAAAGGAAUACACCUGAUACCGGGGUACGGAGUGCACUCAGAGAGGAAUCUCACGAAACUCAGAAACGCAUUGAAAGAAGAUGGACUAUUUUAA